CCAAAAACCUAACAGGAACCGCCGACUUAAGAUUUUUUUUCUUUCUUCCUCUAUCUAUUUUCAAUAUCGCCGAUUCAUAUAUAAAUGACUCGUCUCCUUCGAUUUAGUUUCUUCUUCGUCGUCAUCGCCGGUUUAGGGUUUCCUUCUCUAUAAGCAAAAACAUCUUAUCCUUCUCCUCCUCCUCUGUAAUUUUCUCGUUUAGCUUUUGCUUUUCUAUACAGAGAGAACCCUUGCCUCAGCGAUCGAUCUGAUAACAAAGGACUUUAAUCUUGCCGGCGGCUGUAAUAAACUGAUUAAGACGGUGGCAUUUCUUCUCUGAUUGUGUUUAUUUUUUAUGACAGAGAAGAUGAACACAUGUAUCUAUCAGGCUUUAACUGUUACAGUUGGUGCUAUCUAAUGCUGUCGGCAAGACUCUAUCUUUAGGACUGCUAGGGAGUUACUUAGAAGUUAAACAGUUGACUUUUUCUUUCAAGGUUAUAGGUUUAGUAUUGUUAAUAUAUAGAAAUGGAAGCAAAGAUCGCCAAGGUAUUGGAUAGUAGGGUUCAAGAUGGAUUCGGAAAGAAAAGGAAGCACGCAGCAAGCUAUGCUGCGUAUGUUACUACUACUGGAGUAAAACCGUGUUCUAAGCUGCAACAUGUGCCCCCACCGAAUGGGAUUCCUGACAAAAGAAGGAAAUUGGAAGGUGAAAACAAGCUUAAUGCUUAUGAGAAUCGCUCUGGGAAGUCACUGGUCAGAUACUAUUCGUAUUUUAAGAAGACGGGAGUUGCGAAACGUGUUAUGAUCUUUGAGAAUGGUGAAUGGAAUGAUUUGCCUGAGGAUAUUAUCUGCUCUAUCAGAAAUGAAUUAGAAGAAAAGAGAGCCGCUAUUGAGUUUGAGUUGUGUGGUCACAGUUUUAUUUUGGACUUCUUGCAUAUGCAUAGACUAGACUUGGAAACAGGGGGAAAAACCCCACUUGCAUGGAUUGAUGUUGGAGGCAAAUGCUUUUUCCCUGAAAUUUAUGAGAGUGAUGAAACGACUAAUUGUCGCCAUCAUAACUGUGGGAAAGAUCAACAACAGUAUGCUCCACGUGACAUCAAACUGCGCCUUGAGAUUGAUGUUAAUGCUGGCGAGUCGCCAAAGUUGAAUUUGGAGGAGUGCAGCGAUGAGUCUGGUGAUAAUAUGGAUGAUAUUCCACUUGCUCAACAAUCUUCUAAUGAGCACUAUGACGAGGCUACUGAGGAUAGCUGCAGUCGCAAGGUUGAAGCUGCUGUUUCGAAAUGGGAUGAGACUGAUGUUAUAGUCUCUGGUCUCACUAAAGAUGCAGUUAAAAAAAUGUUUGCUGUAGGCACAGCUUCGCUAGGGCAUGUGGCAGUGCUGGAUGUGGGCCGUUUUGCCAGUGAGAUUGCUGAAGCUCGUCUAGCCCUUUUUCAGAAGCAGGUUGAGAUCACUAAAAAACAUAGAGGGGAUGCAAACGUUAGGUAUGCCUGGCUUCCUGCAAAGAGAGAAGUUCUAUCAGCAGUUAUGAUGCAAGGACUUGGAGUUGGUGGAGCAUUUAUUAGAAAAUCUGUCUAUGGUGUUGGGAUCCAUUUAACUGCUGCAGACUGCCCUUAUUUCAGUGCUAGAUAUUGUGAUGUUGACGAAAAUGGAGUACGCUACAUGGUUUUAUGCCGUGUAAUAAUGGGGAAUAUGGAGCAUCUUCGUGGUGAUAAAGCGCAGUUCUUUUCUGGUGGAGAAGAAUACGACAAUGGAGUUGAUGAUGUGGAGAACCCGAAGAACUACAUAGUCUGGUUCAUCAAUAUGAACACCCAUAUCUUCCCGGAGUUUGUUGUUAGGUUCAAGCUGUCUGUCCCACCCAAUGCUGAAGGGAAUUUGAUUGCUAAGCGUGAUAACUCGGGGGUCACUUUGGAAGGACCUAAGGAUCCUCUUCCGCAGUUAGAGACAAACGGAGCAGGAGGUUCAGGGAGCGCAAACAGUGUUGGUUCAAGCACUAAGCCGAAAUCUCCGUGGAUGCCUUUUCCUACUCUAUUUGCCGCAAUCUCACAUAGGGUUGCAGAGAAGGACAUGUCGUUGAUCAAUGCUGACUAUCAACAACUGAGGGAAAAGAAGAUGACGAGAGCAGAUUUUGUGUGGAAACUGAGGGAGAUUGUAGGAGAUGAUCUUCUUAGGUCCACCAUAACAACGCUUCAAAACCAGCCAAAGGCGAAGAACGUGGUUCCUGGAAGUAGCAACGGAGACCAUGAAGGUGGUGGUGCAGGUGGGUUGUAAGUAUAAAAGAGGAUGAUGACGAAUAUCAAAAGGAAGCUGCUUUAUAUAAAAUCCUACCCGCCUUUGUGGUUCUCCUUUUGACUUUUUCUAAUUUUAGACUUUUGGUUUUGGGUUGUGGUCGUGGGUAGAGGAGAGCUUUAAUGUGUCGACUUUUCUGUCGUAAACAAUCGUGUUAUAUAAGACAGUGAUGUCGUUUGGGUCUUUGUUAUUUAGCUGCAAACAUUGUUGUGGAAGUCGUCGAGUCUAUCACGUGAAUCUUGUCUUCGCCAUUAUUUUGGUAGCUUAUUAUAUAUGUACCGUGUGACUUUAGCUUUA